UAUUCUUUUACCUUCAGUCUUCAGCUCACUGCCAUCUUUGUGGUGCUGUCUUUUAAAUUGAGCAGCUUCAUGGGCUUGGCCUAGUUACAACCCAUAUUGUCUUGGCUUUUCUCAUCUCUAGAUCUAGAUCUAGUUACGAAGAUGGCUGCACGUGAAUUCACCGUUAACUUUAAUAAACCCCUUGUCUUGCAGGUUGGUCACCUUGGAGAAACUUAUCAGGAGUGGGUCCACCAGCCUAUUGUGAGCUAUGAAAGUCCUCGAUUUUUUGAGAGUAAUUUUUUGGAGUUCUUUACCCGCACGGUCUGGUGGGCAGUUCCAACCAUAUGGCUGCCAGUUGCAUGCUACUGCAUCUCAAUGUCCAUAAGUAAUGGGCAUACGCUUCCUCAAAUAGCUUUAAUGGCUCCUUUUGGCAUGUUUGUGUGGACAUUUCUGGAAUACUGUUUUCACCGUUUCCUUUUCCACAUUGAAACAAAGAGUUAUUGGGGAAACACCAUGCACUAUCUUCUUCAUGGCUGCCACCAUAAGCACCCUAUGGAUGGCCUGCGGCUUGUUAUUCCACCCGCUGAAGCUGCUCUACUAUGUGUACCAUUUUGGUACCUGUUUAAGUUUUUGUUCACUCCCUCCGCUAGUCCUGCUUUCUUUGGAGGUGGUUUAAUUGGGUAUGUUCUGUAUGAUGUCAUCCAUUACUACACACACCACGGUCAGCCCACCAAACAAGUUCCUAAAAGCUUUAAGAAAUAUCACUUGAAUCAUCACUUUAGAAUUCAAAAUAAGGGCUUUGGGAUCACUACAGCAUUAUGGGACAGAGUUUUUGGAACCCUUCCUCAGACGAAAGCAGCUGAGAAGAGGAGCGGAUAAUGUAGUUGGCUAGUACAAUAACAAACAACAACCAUUGAGAUCCAGGAUGAGGGCUUAAACAAAUAUUGUUAUGCUGUACUUGUAUUAUAUUUCAGUUUGUUGCUCCAGAUGAAGUGUUUUGUAUUGUUAUGUUGUAUUUAUGUUUCAGUAUGUUGCUCUAGAUGAAGUGUGUUGUAUUAUUAAGUUGUAUUUAUGUUUCCACCUGGGUUGUAUUAUUAUGUUGUACUUGUAUUUAUGUUUCAGUAUGUUGCUCUAGAUGAAGUGUGUUGUGGUGUUAGCAAUAGCAUCUCAUCUCAUAUCAUGGAUGCUCUCCUAUCUAUGGAUUUGGUUGUUUGUCUAAAUAAGUGAAUCGUCUACUGUUCCCAUUGCU